AUGGUCCGAGAAAUCAAGUCGAGCGCCGAGCUCAAGGAGGUCUUCGCCAGCAACACGUACGUCGCCGUCGACUUCUUCGCCGACUGGUGCCCGCCGUGCAAGGCCAUCUCGCCCGUCUUCGAGCAGCUGAGCGGCAAGCACGCCGUCGAGGGCCAGCUGGCCUUUGUCAAGGUCAACGUCGACAACGUCAAGGAACUGGCCGUGCAGUACCGCAUCACGGCCAUGCCGACGUUCCUCUUCUUCAAGGACGGGACGCAGGUCGCCGUCCACGGGCAGAAGAUGGUGCAAGGCGCGAACCCGCCGGUUCUCACCGCCGCGGCGGAGAAGCUGGGCGGGCUGGCGCGGAAGCGGGCAGAGGAGGCCGCGGCGAAAUGA